CCCCAGGGCGCCCUCGGGCGGCGGAAGCCGGGCGCGCCCCUCUCCAGGCCGGGAUCGGGGCGGGGCGCGCGGCAUCCCCGCGGGGGGAGCCGGUCAGCCGGCUUCGCCGCCGCCAAAGUUUCCCUGAGGAGCCGCGGCCGCCCUUCCUUCGCAGGCCCCGGGCGUGGGGACGAGCCUCGGCCGAGGACGGUAUCCGAGGGCAGCGGGGCCCGCACCCCAGCCCGACCCCGCGCCUCCAUUGCGCCCAACUCGGAUUCCCAACUUGGGAGGCGCCGCGGGCCUGCGCACGCGCGCGCCUUCCUCGCCGCCGCCUCCUCCUCCUCCUCCUCCUCCCUCCCCCCCACUGGGGAGCAGGCUCGGGGCCGAGCCGGGCGCCGAGACCCGCACCCCGCGCGCUGACCUCCGGCUCCGGGCCCGCCGCCUCCGCCCAUGCCGACGCCCGCCGCCCGCCCGGUGCGCCCUCGCCCGAGGGCCAGCUGAGCGCGGGCCGGCGGCGGCGGCGGCGAGAAGUGGGCCCGGCCCCGCGCUGCCCUCGACAGCGGCAAGUUUGGGAGUUGCACUAGUUUGCGGGGUGGGGGAGAGGCCGGGCGGGGGGCCAUGGAGGAGGACCGGGGGUCGGCGCUGGCGGCCGAGUCGGCGCUGGAGAAGAACGUGGCGGAGCUGACCGUCAUGGACGUGUACGACAUCGCGUCGCUCGUGGGCCACGAGUUCGAGCGGGUCAUCGACCAGCACGGCUGCGAGGCCAUCGCGCGCCUCAUGCCCAAGGUCGUGCGUGUCCUGGAGAUCCUGGAGGUGUUGGUCAGCCGCCACCACGUCGCGCCCGAGCUGGACGAGCUGCGCCUUGAGCUGGACCGACUGCGCCUGGAGAGGAUGGACCGCAUCGAGAAGGAGCGCAAGCACCAGAAGGAGCUGGAGCUGGUGGAGGAUGUGUGGCGAGGGGAAGCGCAAGACCUGCUUUCCCAGAUCGCCCAGCUGCAGGAGGAGAACAAGCAGCUCAUGACCAACCUCUCCCACAAGGACAUCAGCCUCUCUGAGGAGGAGUUCCAGAAGCAUGAAGGCAUGUCAGAGCGGGAGCGGCAGGUGAUGAAGAAGCUGAAGGAGGUGGUGGACAAACAGCGCGACGAGAUCCGCGCCAGGGACCGGGAGCUCGUGCUGAAGAACGAGGAUGUCGAGGCUCUGCAGCAGCAGCAGACCCGGCUGAUGAAGAUCAACCACGACCUCCGGCACCGCGUCACAGUGGUGGAAGCCCAGGGGAAGGCUCUGAUUGAACAGAAGGUAGAACUGGAGGCAGAUCUGCAAACCAAGGAGCAGGAGAUGGGCAGCCUGCGGGCGGAGCUUGGGAAGCUGCGAGAGAGGCUGCAAGGCGAACUCAGCCAGAAUGGAGAGGAGGAGCCUGUGACGGAGCUGGGCGGAGAUGAGUGUGUCUCCGAGGCGGAAAAGGUGGCCAUGGAUCUCAAGGACCCCAACCGCCCCCGGUUCACACUGCAGGAACUGCGGGACGUGCUGCACGAGAGGAACGAGCUCAAGUCCAAGGUGUUUUUGUUGCAGGAGGAGCUGGCGUACUAUAAGAGUGAAGAAAUAGAAGAGGAAAAUCGAAUACCCCAACCUCCACCUGUCGCCCACCCGAGAACGUCCCCCCAGCCGGAGUCUGGGAUCAAGCGACUUAAAGAAGGUCCUUUAAGUGACGGGUUUAGCUUCUUCUCCCGAGAUAAAAAGCGUCUGGCCAACACACAGAGAAACGUGCGCAUCCACGAGUCCUUCGGCCAGUGGGCCAACUGCCACCGUGACGAUGGUUACACGGAGCAAGGACAGGAGGCCCUGCAGCACCUGUGACCAUCACCCACCCCUGUCCUCAGACCUGAACCACCCACUGCCAUCACCUGCAAUGGAACCUGGCCGCCUCGGGUGUCACACCCUCAAAACUGAUCCCUCCAACAAACUGCUUUGAGGGAGCACAUUGAAAAACUGUUGCCAAACUCUAAAGAAACAUUUAUUUAUACCAGGGCUAUCCCCAUUUCUAAUAGAUGACUCUGAUCCCUAGGAUAUAUAUUUAAUAAGACCACGAGCGGAAGCCGACUUUUGCAUUAACUUCCUUACGUAACACAAGCUUCACCAGAUACAUCAUGUGCCGCUAUAAUUGCUGUUUGACUUGCUUUGUAUGAAAUUCUUUGUGUAGAGGUUUUAUGAUCAUGUUUGUCAUACUUAAGUGGGAGGCAGGGAAGUGGUAAGUUUUCACUAGUUACGUUCAUGACAUUGUCAUGGUGGUAGCAUAAUACAUAGGAUGCAGCAACUAGACGGGCAGGGCCUCCGAAGUCACAGAAUGAGCUGGCCCAGCUCAGGCACAGAGCAACGAUAGUCCUCUCACCCAGAAACUGGAGACAAGUUUGCAAGAGCCCAUGGUUCUCUAUUGCACCUUGUUACUGAUAAUGCCUAGAGCAUGUAGCAAUGUUCAAGGCCAGUGCCUUGGAAUCUGCUGUGAGUUACUGCAGUACUAACCAAACAAAGUUGCUAAGGAUGAGACAUUGCCACGUUUCUUGUGUGGAUUCUUUUUUUCUUGGCAUCUUGUUUCAGCAUUCGCUAUGUCAAAUACUUAGUCCCAUGCAAAGAAGACAAGUGUCCCAGAGCAGAUUGGGAAUGGGAUGCGGAACCCUAGGGGAUGCUGGAUGGUGGGUAGGGUAGACUUGCCAAAGCGAGGGCGGUGGGUGAAAAGAUGGCUUGAGGACUGCAUGUCUGGCUGACUCAUGGGGCUGCAGUGGCAGACGGAGAGCCAGAUGCCCGGUCUGCAACUAGGAAGUUGGAGGUUUGCCCAAAUAAUGCUAUCUCUCCACCCACGGAGCACCCAGCGUGCAAGACUGGGUGCUCACAGAUUGAGAGAGGUACCAUUUGAUAACAAUACUCAAGUCCAUCUGACGGGGCUGCUUUCUACACAUCCUGCUGUGGUUUACUAAGAAACCAUCAGGUCGGUUUACAGAACCUACGUGAAUUGUUUCCAGAUCGCUGGGGAAAAUGAUCAGAUGGGAUAAUGUUGGUUUAGAGCAGUGGUUCUCCAACCUGACUGCCCAUUAGAACUAUUAAGAGUUUAUUCUCAGCAAGCAGAAAAGCAUGUGUGCUGGGGAAUCCCCCUCCCCCCCAUCACCUUUGGUUGCCUUCCCCUGGGGUGACCAGUGUUGGUAGUUUCCUGGGUAUCUUUCCUGAAAUAGUUUAUAAAUAUACAUGCAGUCAUGUAAAAAAAUACAGUUAUAUUUCUGUUCUCUUUUUACACAGAUGGCAGCAUAUGAUACACAUGCUAUUCUGUACCUUUCUUUCCUUAGAAUACCCUGGGCAUGACUCCACACCAGUAUGAAAGACAGUGGGUCUCAGCCAAGGGGGAUUUUGGACGCCAGGGACAUUUGGCACUUACAGAUGUUUUUGGUUGUCACAGCUGGAGCGGGGGGGCGUUGCUACCGUCAUCCAGUGGGUAGGCCCCAGGGAUGCUGCUAAAUAUCCUGUAGUGCAUAGGACAGCCCACAAUACCAAAGAAUUAUCCACCCCAAACGUCGCCAGUGCCAAGACUGAGGAACCCUGGUCGACCACACAGAGAGUAAUUUGUGGAUGUUUGUCCAGGCCCCACUGGUGGACAGGGAGCUUCCAGUCUUUCUAAAACAGCUGCACUUUCACACGUGUGCACUGGUCUGCAGAAUAAACUAGAAGCAGGAUUGCCAGGUCAGAAGGUGUCCGCCUUUGCCAUGUUGAUGGCUACAGUUCCUGCCAGGGGCAGGGUUCUACUAAUUUUUUUUUUUUAAGUUACCAGGGACAA